GCCUGGGCCGCGGCGCGCGCGGGCUCGCGCCUGGCCAGUUGCGGGUGUCUCUGGCGGCCUUUGUGUCUCUGCUCCUGUGUCGGCCUUGACUGUCCCCGUGUCGGUUGUCUGUGCCUGUCUGUCUCUCUCUCGUGUCUGUGUGUCUGUCAGCGUCUGUUUCCUGUGGGCCUGUUUCAGUGAGCUUAGGAAAGGGUUUGGAGAUAGGAGUGUGUUUGUGUGUCUGUCCCGGAUCUCUUUCUCCUCUGUCAUGUCUGUGUCUGUCAGGAUUUUGUUCGUGUCUCGCUGAGUUUCCGAGUCUUCUUUUCCCUAGGUGUCUCUAGCCCUUCCCUGUGGGCUUUUCUGCCGAUGGUGCAAAUCUUACCCCCGCCCCGUCUUCGCAUCUGAGUUUUGCCCCCAUACCUAUCACCUCCAAUCCUGAAGUUUCUUUCCAGGAGUCUGUUACUUGGUCUAGAAUCUGCCCCUUUUCCCCAGUUUUCUGAGUCUCUGGUGUGGUGGUGAAGAGCCCCAGCCUUGGAUUCAGAGGCCCGGCUGCCUGCUAAGCUGUGUAAUAUUUGCUAGGUAAUAUUCUCUAUCUCAAAACCUCAGCUUCCUAGUCGUAGGAAAUCCGUAGUUCAUAGGCAUUCGUAGUUCCUACAUCAUAGGGUCCUUGUGCAUGGAAGUUGAGGUGAUGCUUGUAAAGCGCCUGAAGGUAUCUGACACAUAGCAAGUGUGUAAUUACUGGCAGCUCUGGUUUUUACUGUUAAAAUGCUUAGAAAUUUUUACACAGUAAGUGUUAGAUAUCGGUCGGUUAUUGGAGUACUCCUUGGAGAACUUUGCCAUAUCCUUUGUAUUCCUUUUAGUCUAAGAAUUCUCUUUGAACCAAUUUAAUUUGAAAUACAGUCUCAUUCUAAGCAGUAUCUGAGAAAUCUUAGCUUUGAUGUGCUAGUUGGGUAUUUUUUUCUAAUGCACGCCAAAUAAGUACAGAGUAUUAAGAUAGUGCAUUUUCUGCCGUCACCCUUUUGGAACUGUUCUCUGUUUUUUCUCUGAUAAUAAUAGCAGCCAGUGUUAUUGAGCGCCUGCUAUCUGUGGGGCACAGAGCCAAGCACUGUGUGUACCCAUCUUAUUUAAUCAACAGGCCUGCCAGGUAGGAAUUCUUUCAUUUCAGAGUUGAGCAAACUGUGUCUCAAGGAGGUGUGCGCUCCAGGUAGCUGAUGUGGCCAGGAUUUGAACCCACAUUUUAUAUUCUUUGCCAUUAGAUUCCAUUUUUCUUGUCUCUUAUUUCUCAGCGCCAGGUCUCUUUUUGUUUCUGGGCCUCUGUCUUUCCUCCUUGGCCUCCUGCCUCCCUGUCUUCCCAUGUUCUUGUAUCUGCUGCUGCUUGUAUCUUUCUUACUGUGUCUCUGCCUAGCUCCCUCUGCCCGGGUUUUUAUGUGUCUCUUUCUGUCUCUAUUUCUUGUCAGUCCCCUUCUCUGUAUUUGUUAUAUCAUCUCUUCAUCUUAAUGUGUCAGGCCGGGGCUGUUUUGGGACUCUGGAGAGUUACUUUUUAACUAGCUACAUCUGUCUUCAGGUGCCUGGCUCUCUGGCCUGAGUUCGAAGCAGAGGCCAGCCUCUCUCAGUCAUCCCUAUCUCUCCUGCGCUUAUGUCAUGGUGGGGCUUUGAAAAUCUCCCUCUGUGGCUUGUUGGAGCCGCAUAGAUGGGUGAUCAGAGCUGGCUCUGGAACCAGGUUACUGCAGGAGUGAGUUGUGUGUCCCUGGACAAGGGGCUGAACCUCUGUGUCUCAGUUUCCACCCUGUGAGGUGGCUGUGAAUCAUGGGGUUCUUUUAAGGAUUAACAGUUAAUACAUGUAAAGUGCUUAACACAGUGCCUGGCAUGGGAUAAGAGCAGUGCGAGUGUCUGCUGGUGUCAUCAUCAUUUACUUGACUCUCCUGUUUCUCAUCACCAGUCUUGGGAUGGGUUAAUUUAGGUUAAUUUAAAAGUAUGAGUUUUGGAGUUCAGGUGGGCCUUGGGUUGAGUCUGCCCUGCCAUUCCUGGUGUGUGACCUUGGUUGAAUUAUUUAACUUCCAGGACCCCAGGCUCUGCAUGCAGUGUUGAAAAAGAGGUCCUGUUCCCCUCUCAGAUGCGGUGACCUGCCAGCACCUGCCGCAGCCUUCAUCCGGGAGUCGCCCCAUCUCUCCACGCAUCAGGGGCCUUGUGCCCCUUGCUGCUGCAGCCGGGCACCAUGUCGACCUCGUCCUUGAGGCGCCAGAUGAAGAACAUCGUCCACAACUACUCAGAGGCGGAGAUCAAGGUUCGAGAGGCCACGAGCAAUGACCCCUGGGGCCCAUCCAGCUCCCUCAUGUCAGAGAUUGCCGACCUCACCUACAACGUUGUUGCCUUCUCGGAGAUCAUGAGCAUGAUCUGGAAGCGGCUCAACGACCAUGGCAAGAACUGGCGGCACGUCUAUAAGGCCAUGACGCUGAUGGAGUACCUCAUCAAGACCGGCUCGGAGCGCGUGUCGCAGCAGUGCAAGGAGAACAUGUACGCCGUGCAGACGCUGAAGGACUUCCAGUACGUGGACCGCGACGGCAAGGACCAGGGUGUGAACGUGCGUGAGAAAGCUAAGCAGCUGGUGGCCCUGCUGCGGGACGAGGACCGGCUGCGGGAAGAGCGGGCGCACGCACUCAAGACCAAGGAAAAGCUGGCACAGACUGCCACGGCCUCAUCAGCAGCUGUGGGCUCGGGCCCCCCUCCCGAGGCGGAGCAGGCGUGGCCGCAGAGCAGCGGGGAGGAGGAGCUGCAGCUCCAGCUGGCCCUGGCCAUGAGCAAGGAGGAGGCCGACCAGCCCCCGUCCUGCGGCCCCGAGGACGACGCCCAGCUCCAGCUGGCCCUUAGUUUGAGCCGAGAAGAGCAUGAUAAGGAGGAGCGGAUCCGUCGCGGGGAUGACCUGCGGCUGCAGAUGGCAAUCGAGGAGAGCAAGAGGGAGACCGGGGGCAAGGAGGAGUCGUCCCUCAUGGACCUUGCUGACGUCUUCACGGCCCCAGCUCCUCCCCCGACCACAGACCCCUGGGGGGGCCCAGCACCCAUGGCUGCUGCCGUCCCCACGGCUGCCCCCACCUCGGACCCCUGGGGCGGCCCCCCUGUCCCUCCGGCUGCUGAUCCCUGGGGAGGUCCAGCCCCCACGCCGGCCUCUGGGGACCCCUGGAGGCCUGCUGCCCCUGCAGGACCCUCAGUUGACCCUUGGGGUGGGACCCCAGCCCCCGCAGCUGGGGAGGGGCCCACGCCGGAUCCAUGGGGAAGUUCCGAUGGUGGGGUCCCGGUCAGUGGACCCUCGGCCUCCGAUCCUUGGACACCCGCCCCGGCCUUCUCAGAUCCCUGGGGAGGGUCGCCUGCCAAGCCCAGCACCAAUGGCACCACAGCAGCCGGGGGAUUCGACACGGAGCCUGACGAGUUCUCUGACUUUGACCGACUCCGCACGGCGCUGCCGACCUCCGGGAGCAGCGCAGGGGAGCUGGAGCUGCUGGCAGGAGAGGUGCCGGCCCGAAGCCCUGGGGCGUUUGACAUGAGUGGGGUCAGGGGAUCUCUGGCUGAGGCUGUGGGCAGCCCCCCACCUGCAGCCACACCAACUCCCACGCCCCCCACCCGGAAGACGCCGGAGUCAUUUCUGGGGCCCAAUGCGGCCCUCGUCGACCUGGACUCGCUGGUGAGCCGGCCGGGCCCCACGCCGCCUGGAGCCAAGGCCUCCAACCCCUUCCUGCCAGGCGGAGGCCCAGCCACUGGCCCCUCCGUCACCAACCCUUUCCAGCCCGCGCCCCCCGCGACACUCACCCUGAACCAGCUCCGUCUGAGUCCUGUGCCUCCCGUCCCUGGAGCGCCACCCACGUACAUCUCUCCCCUUGGCGGGGGCCCUGGCCUGCCCCCCAUGAUGCCCCAGGGCCCCCCGGCCCCCAACACUAACCCCUUCCUCCUAUAAUCCAGGGCAGAAGGGGGCCUGGCUCCAUCCGGCUGCCCCAUUCUGGCUCCCUGGGAGAUCAGUGUUGUGAGUGCAUGUGAAAUGGGGGAUCGCCGCCCCCAGUGCCCUUCCCCUUCCUGGGGCCCACUCACACUACACCCUCUUCCUUUCCCACCCCACCUCUCUGGAGAGAAACUGGACAUGGGGCCUGGGGAGGGGAGCUGGCCAGAGGAGGACUCCUUUCCCGUGGCAUUAGAAGGGGGAGGGGUGGCUGGGGCCCCCACCCAUUCCCCCUCCCUCCAAACUCCCAACCCCCAGUCAGUGUUUGAGCCUCCUCGUUCCCCUCACGCACCCCCUCACGCACCCUCGGUGAAUCCUUGGUGAUGAUUUUGGCAACUUUGGGAAUAAAUGGCAAUUCCCACA